AUGGCCGUGUGCAAACCCUUCGUCAUUGCGCUGUUGGCCUAUGCUUCUCGGAUGGUGGCCGGUGGGCCUCUGAGCAACUUGCUGGCGGACUUGACGGGCCAGAACAGCCACCACAACGCCACGUGCCUUUCCGAUACUCAUGAGGGCAGUGCUCAUGUGUGUGGCAUGGCAUCCAGCUUCACGGCUUUCUUCCCUGAUGCAGCCUCGCACCAGUCUGAUCAUUUCCUUCCCGAGAUCUCGACCCAAUCCGUGUCCGGACCUCAUGACUCCCAUCAUGGCGAUCACAUGGAUCAGUUUGACCAGCAGUCGCUGCUGACGGGAAAACGCCCAAAGAUGUUCGUGAGCUUCGAAAAGAAGGAGUGA